CCCAGAUUUUUUUUUAUGGACUCAAGCACAGAAGCCGAGCUUAAAAGACUUGAAAUUGAUGGAAUAUGCAAAGCCAUCCGUCUUUUAGGAAAACCCAAAAUGGAAAACGAAGCAGCAAGACGCAGAAUCAGCAAUAUUGCAGCCCAUUUUUCACCCAAUGACGAUGUUUCAUCUGUUGCUCACCUUCUCCCCAUGAACUGCAGUGGGAGUUUGAACUGUGCGGUCCGUAGAUGUGAUAAUAGACCGUAUUUUUCACGCCAAGGGUCAGCAUAUCAAGCUUGUUUCAUGAGACAAGUUUCAAGAGCAGAGAGAAGUGUUCCUCAGCCUGCUGCACCCUCCAGAUCCUCUUGCUCUCCUUCGGAGAGUUCUGGUGCUUCUGAAGGACCGUUGUUUUCCAGACCUAAGACGAUGGAUCCGAGCUUCUCGAGUUUGACGGCAAUUCGACCUCUGAGUCUCGAUUGGAGAUUACCCAUGCCUGACCCUCCUAUGUUUGCUAGACCAAAUAAAAGUACGAGUGAAGAGAUGCCGGUACAAUCUGUGAAGAAAACAUGUUGGUCAAGAUCUAAUGGCACUGAAUGGUUCCCUAGGAUGGAUGUUGCAGAAUCCGGGCUCGAUUAUGUGAUCAUGGUUGAAAUUCCGGGUGUUGGCAUCGGUGACAUUAGAGUGGAGGUUGAUGACCUCAAGUUAACGGUGACAGGUGAACGCUCUAGCCAUUGUUGGAAACUAGCUGCUGAUGGAUCUAACGACUCGAUCACUGCAUAUCACAAGAGGGAGAUAUCACAAGGGCCUUAUCAGGUUGUGUGGUCACUUCCCGCUAAUGCGAACAGGGACAGCGUUUCGGCUGAGUUUCUGGACGGAAUUUUACGCAUCGUUAUUCCUAAACUUUGAGAUCAAACCGGUCACAUACGUGGAGACUAUCGAACACCUUACAGAUUUUACACCAGCUUAUGUACUAUAUUGAUAUAAAAGGAGCUAGCCAUUGAUGCUCGAUGCCUACCGAGCAUCCAUCUGUUGUUAUUAAAUUGUUAGUAAGGAUUUUGUUACUCAAAGAUGUCCUAAUGCAAGGAUGUGUAUUGAUGCAACAAGAAUGUUUUACAGAAAAUAUAACAGCAUUAUGA